AUGGUCUCUGCGGAUCUUGGGCUUCUCCAGCGGGGUGCCUCUCUGGUCGGCGUGCAUUCGGUUGGGCUGGGAAUGGAGUCCAGUGGCCAUCAGGCCUACCUGCUCGGCCCUGGAGGAGCAGCUAAAGAUGUAACAGAAGAAUCGAUAACAGAAGAUGACAAGAGGAGAAACUAUGGAGGAGUAUAUGUUGGUCUACCAUCAGAGGCUGUCAGUAUGGUGUCCAAUCAAACAAAGACUGUACGAAAAAAUUAGAAGAAAAUAACAUCACAACUCAGUAAUCAAGAGCUUGCCUCAUCCAUUUGGAAGGAAUUUGGCUCCGUGGGACACUGUAAUGUUCACAGACAUUUCCGAGGAAAUUCUAAAUAGUUGCCCUCUCUCUCGCUCCCCCAAAUCUUAGCAUAUAGUGAAAGCCAUGGGUACAUGUUGAAUGUUGUGGUAAUAGAAGGGAAUUGGUGAAACAAUACACCCGUUCAUGGAACUUUCUGUGGUCCACCCACAAAAGCCAAGUUAACAACUGUCACGAGGCCAUUUCUGCACAGCCUGAGCUGCCAUGCCCAC